AUACUAUCCUCUACAAUAACAAUGAAAGUGAGUACAUUGAUACUGCUUUUGAUCACAUCAUCUGCUUUGGUAAGCGCAGUGAAGACCUAUUCAGAAUUAGACCUUGCCUUGAUGGCAUGUGAAGGGUACUUUACUGUUAACAUGGCAGUAUGUCAAGCUGGAAAAAAGACCAAUAAAGAUAUGGACUGUUAUUGUAACAGUGAUCCUGGGUUUGGUACUCUUGCUGACUGUUUUGUCAAGGGUUAUAGCAAUGACACAAGUCUUAUUAAAUCAUUUGCAAAACUGUGUAACUCCACUGUGGAUAAAUUUUACACCAAAUAUGAUAGCAUGAAGCUUAAGAAAUUUGAAAUGCCCAAACCAAUGGCUCAAGGUAUGGGAGGAGAUGGAGGCAAAGGUGGUAAAGGGGGUAAAGGUGGUAAAGGUGGUAAAGGCGGUAAAGGUGGAGGAGGUAAAGGAGACCAAGCUGCGGUAGAACUUUCAAAGGUUCCAUUAGCACUUGACUACUCCAAAUUUACUCCUUACAGGGAAGCAUAUGAAAUGACUUACAACAACUAUAACCUUGGUUUAACCCAUGGUGCUGCAUUAAUUGGUUAUUGGGGUAUUGUUAUCGUCAUUGCUACUGUUUCAAACUUCUUCACCAAGUUGUUCCCAAGUGCUUUGUCAGGAACUAUCCCUACCCUUUACAGAAAGUAUAUCACCAUGCCAGCCACUUUCCAUAAAAAAAAGACAAACCUGUACCACUUUGGUCCAAUUGCUGGUUUGAUUCCUGCUAGACUUGAAAGUUUUUACGUUUUUGCAUUUGUAUUUUUAGCUGCAUUAUUAGCUGGUAUUGAUAUCAAACAUGUUGAAAACAACCCACUUAAUCCAAUUAGACAAGUUGAAAUGGGACAUCUUGUUGCUGAUAGAACUGGUAUUAUGGCUUGUUUCCUUGUUCCUUUGUUAUUCUUAUUUGGUGGCCGUAACAACUUCUUGCAAUGGAUUACUGGAUGGAAGUUUGGAACUUGUAUUAUGUACCACAGAUGGAUUUCUCGUGUUGCUGCAAUCUUGAUUAUGGUUCACGGUAUUAGUUUUUCCGCUUCUGAUUUAGCUGCUGGUAGAUAUUCAACUCGUAUGUCUCAAGCUUUCAUGCAAUGGGGUGUGGUUGCUUGUAUCUGUGCUGGUUUUACCAUUGUUCAAUCAUUGCUUUUCUUUAGAAGAAAGUGUUACGAAGUUUUCCUUGUGAUUCACAUCUUGCUUGCCGUCUUCUUUUCUAUCGGUGCUUGGUACCAUUUAACAGACCAAGGUUAUGCCGAGUUUAUGUAUGCCGCAGUUGCAGUAUGGGCGUUUGAUAAGUUUAUCAGAUUAUGCAGACUUGCUUCAUUUGGUGUUCAAAAGGCUGAAAUCACUUUAUUGGCUAAUGAAACCUUGAAAAUUAUUGUUCCUAAACCAAGUUAUUGGAAAAGUAUCCCAGGUGGUCAUUCUUUUGUUACAUUUUUGCUUCCAUCUUGUUUCUGGCAACAACAUCCAUUUACAUUCACCACAUCCCACGAAUCAGAAGGUAAGAUUGUGUUCUACACUAAGGUUAAGAAUGGUAUUACCAAGAAGUUGUACAAGAAGUUGAGCAAGUGUAAUGGUUUGACUACUACCGUCAAUGUUAUGAUUGAAGGUCCAUAUGGUAAACCAAGUGAUGGUCGUAGAGCCAAGAAUGUGGUUUAUGUUGCUGGUGGUAACGGUAUCCCAGGUAUCUACUCUGAAUGUCUCGAUGUUGCUCAAAAUUCAAGUUCUUCUCAGUCUAUCAAGUUAAUUUGGGUUAUUCGUCACUGGAAGUCUUUAAGUUGGUUUAUUGAUGAAUUGAAGAAGUUGGAAAACACCAAGGUUCAAACCACAAUUUAUGUUACUAGACCUGAUAUUACUGAAGGAGUCGAGCAUAUUUUGAAGGGAAGAUCAGAAAAGGAAAAGGAAAAAUCUGAAGCUGAAAAGUCUUCCGAUGUAUCCGUUGUUUCAUAUCCAGCAUCUACUAUGUCCUCGUUGAGACAAGAAUUAAGCCAUGUCACUUUUGUUGAAGGUAGACCUUCAAUGGAUGCACAUGUUGAAGAAGAAAUCAAACAAGCUAAUGGUUCAUUGGCUUUCGUUACCUGUGGUCACCCAGUCAUGGUUGAUGAUUUAAGAUAUGCAGUUACGCAUCACUUGCAAGAUACUACUCACAGAGUAGAUUUCUACGAACAAUUACAAACAUGGUCUUAGAUGGACUAAUGUCAUCAGAAGGUUGAUUUGAGGGGAUAUUUAUAUAGAUUUUUAAUUAUAGAAGCUUAAUAGUUCUUUUUUUUUUUUUUUUUAAACAAGCUUCUACAGCAAUCUAUUCUCUUAAAAAAUAUCAAAAAUUUUAUUUCUAGAAUUAGGUAGAACCUGAAACAACUAACUUUUGUAAGUGGCUCAUAAACACUUGUAAUGAGACAUCGUCUGUCAAAACUAUAGCACCGCUAUUACUGACAAAUUCAGAACUGUUAUAAGUAACGGAUGGAUUCAACUUUGAAUACAAGAAUCUCGCUUGUGAUCCACCUUCUUCAGUAUCAACGAAUCUAGGCAAUGGGUAUCUGUCAACCAACAAUUCAGCAGCUUCAACCUUUGGUUCUUGCAACAAUUCUUUGAAAUUCUCAUAUUCUGGUUGAUCUUGGUAUCCUGCUCUUCUCCAUUGGGCAAUUGUCCUACCAUGGAAAAUUAAGAUAUGGAAGAAUGUAUCCAAUAACAAAAUACGGUCGUCUCUAAUGGAUACCGAGUCCAAUAACACAGCUUCUGGUUCACUAUCCAAGGAGAAGGCAGUUAAUGUAGGUUGUAUCAUAAUUAACGAGUUGUUGCAAUCUUCAGUCAUCAAUACAUGUCUGUAAAAGGCAGUUUCAUCCGGCGAGUUAUUGAACACUUGCAAGAACUGAGAUCUUCUUAAGUAAUAUAUAAAUUGUGGGUACAAUGUGAAUUGUGGACCUAAUCUGAAAGAUUCUUCUUGAUCUUUUCUGUAAUCAGCAAAUUUUUGACACAAUCUAAUCAACAUUCUAUCGACCCAUCGUAAAACGUCAGCCCCAUCAUCUUGUUCAGCCUUGAAAAGAGUAACACGUGCCAUCAAUACGGCAGCAGCUUCUUGAUCAAAUGAAUUAGUCAAUGUUUGUUCAUCACUGGUCAAGAAAUUAGAAAUGGUAGUAACUCUGAUUCUGUAACUUCCCGAACAAUGUUGGUAAUGAGUAAUAAAUUGAAUAUAACUUUGUGAAUUUUGAGGCAAUUGAGCAGUAUUAACCACAUCAAAAAAUACCCCAUAUGUAUGCCUAGGGGAAAGAGCACAUAAUCUGAAUUGUGAAGAUCCACCCAAACCUAAUUCAUUUUCAGAAACGUUAGCACUCUUGACAUUCAAAGAUGAGGCAUGACCUAUAACACCACUAACCUUCAAUUCUCUGGAUGUCUUGAUAUCAAGAGUACCAUUGAAACCCAUAUUAAGAAAUCCUUGACUAUCCUUAUUAAAUAAACGAAGGAAUGAUUGUUUAAAAAUAGCCGUGGUGAAGGAAUCAGUCAACAACAAGGAUCCUCCUGUUAAAUUACAUAGAUUCUUCAUUUCCAACAUACCAAUUUGAUCAUAACAUCCAGCAAAAAUAUCAACAGUAUGGGCAUUCUUAACUGCUCUAGCAGCAAGGGAAUCAUAAAACUUGGUUGCCUUCUUGAAAUGCUUGGCAUUGUCCUUAUCAAUGUCAGAGUGGGAUCUAAUUGGCUCCUUUAAUUGAGGACCAACAAUCAAACCUGGGCUCAAGGUACAUGGACCAGCAGUAAAUAACAUAAUUCUGGCACCAAAUCCAGCAUAUGUGAGACCAAGUAAGUUGGAAGCAACAUUCAAUGCACUACCAGUACAUCUCAAAGCCCUGUCACCAUUAGCCACAGGCCAUGGGUCUCCAUUCAAAUUUUCCAAAAGAGAUGUUAAUUGGAACUCAACUUCUUCAGCAGGAAGGAAGAAGCGAGUUAAUGAGUUGGCAAAUUGAGGUUGUUGUCCUGCAGGAGAUGGUGCCAAUGGACGAUUCAACAUUUCACUAAUUUGCUUAUCAGUAUAUUCUUUAUCUCCACGGAAAAUAUAGGAUUUAUUGAUCUUUUCUGAACCUAAAUCAUGAACUUGAACCAUGGUUCCAUAAGUGAUCAAACCAAUCAAGGCAUUGACUGGUAAUAAAUUCAAAGAAAUAACCAAAGCUUCCUUCAAUGCC